CGGAACAACACUUCAGCCUCUCAUCCCGCCCGCUGCAGACCUAGCCAGAUCAAUAUGGCCGCCCAAAACUCAGCCGGUAUCCAGACGCUGCUCGACGCAGAGCGAGAGGCGCAGAAGAUUGUACAGAAAGCCCGAGAAUACCGAACGAAGAGAGUGAAGGAUGCCCGCUCAGAGGCGCAGAAGGAGAUCGAGGAGUACCGAAACCAGAAGGAAGAGGAGUUCAAGACUUUUGAGAAGCAGCACACAUCUGGCAAUGAGAAGGCCGAGCAGGAUGCCAACAAGGACACAGAGAAGCAAUUGAACGAGAUCAAGCAGGUUGGAAGCAAGACUGGACCGAAAGUGGUGGACGACCUGCUCAAGGCGGUCAUGGAGCCGCACCCAGAGGUGCCGGACAGAGCGGAGCAGCCGGUGGCAUAGCGCGGAAGGUCUACAUGGACAGAGAGAUGAGACUCCACGUGUCUGAAUCGUCUGUAUCACGCAUGGAGUUGAAUGUUCGAUACGAUUUGAGCUUGGGCUCCGGUUUCCCAUGCACGCAUAACG